AUGUGGCAGCAAAGAUUUGCCUGUCUCCUAUUCAUUCUAUUCUGUUACUCUUUAGCACAUGAGGAGCAGGGAGGAAACGAGACGCAGACUCGUUUUCAGGUGGUCACAUUUCGAUGGGAAGCGAACGAAACACCAUACAUGAUCGCCACAUGGCUACUGCUUGCAGCUUUGGCUAAAAUUUUAUUCCAUUUAUUCAAGCCAAUUUCGAAUGUGUUACCGGAUUCAUCGCUGCUUAUAGCUGUAGGACUACUACUCGGUCUAAUCCUCAAAGAAUCAGGAGCACAUAUCACUUACUCCUUGGAUUCUCAUGUAUUCUUUCUCUAUCUUCUACCACCUAUAAUUUUCGAUGCAGGAUAUUUUAUGCCAAAUCGUGCACUAUUUGAGAAUUUCGAUUCGGUGCUCCUAUUUGCUGUUGUGGGAACGAUUUGGAACUGUAUAGCUAUUGGAAGCUCAUUGCUGGCCCUUUCCAGCUACGGAAUUUUCUCAAUGGAAUUUUCAACCACAGAAAUCUUUGUAUUCUCAGCGCUUAUUUCAGCUGUUGAUCCGGUGGCUGUUAUUGCUGUUUUCGAAGAGAUCAACGUGAAUGAAUUUAUUUUUGUGAACGUAUUCGGUGAAGCACUGUUUAACGAUGGUGUUACGGUGGUUUUAUAUCAAAUGUUCAAGAGUUUCACUCUUAUUGGACCCGAUCAUCUGAUGCCCGUCGACUAUGCGGCCGGGGUUCUUUCAUUUUUCGUGGUCGCUUGCGGUGGAGCAAUCGUCGGCAUCAUUGCUGCAUUCCUUGUCAGCUUAGUCACUAAGUACACAAAUCAAGUUCGAAUUUUAGCGCCAGUCUUUAUAUUCGUGAUACCGUAUAUGGCAUAUCUUACGGCAGAAAUCACUUCAUUAUCUUCAAUCAUAGCAAUUGCCGUCUGUGGAAUGGUGAUGAAACAGUACGUGAAGGGGAACAUCACCACAGCGGCAGCGAACUCUGUGAAGUACUUCAUCAAAAUGCUUGCACAAUCCUCAGAAACAGUCAUAUUCAUGUUUUUGGGACUUUCAACGAUGUACUCAAAUCACUAUUGGGACACAGCUUUCGUGGUCGCCACUGUUGGUUUUUGUCUUCUUUUUAGGACAAUCGGAGUCCUGGUGCAAUGCUUCUUUUUGAACAAGUUCAGGCACAAGAAAUUCACGAAAGUUGAUCAGCUAAUUCUGUCAUAUGGUGGUCUUCGUGGAGCUAUUGCUUUCGGUUUAGCUAUAUCAAUUCCGGAAACGAUUAUGGCGAAGAAGAUGUUUGUUACAACUACAAUCGUUGUGAUUUUCUUCACCGUAUUUCUUCAGGGAAUCACCAUUCGUCCACUUGUAAAUUAUUUGAAUAUUGAAACUAAGGAGGAUCGACCGGUGACAAUGACUGAAAGUGUAUAUAAUAAGUAUCUCGACUACAUGAUGUCUGGUCUAGAAGAUAUUGCGGGUCAACAGGGUCAUUACUCCCUUAUAGAUAAUUUCGAGCGAUUCAACGCGAAAAUUCUACAACCCAUACUAAUGAGAAAUGAGAAGAAGAAAAAUUUCGACGCCUCUACAAUUGUUCGUGCUUAUCAGAAAAUUACGCUUGAGGACGCUAUGAAUCUCACUAAACUUCAAAAAGCCGAACAUAAAAGGAUAUCCGCGUUACGAGAGCAAGAGUUACGCGGAACAUACAUCAAUAAAGCAUUCGAGAAGGAUUUGCCAAAGGAUAACAACAUGACCGUCACUCCUCAAGGGAAGCAACUCGAAAAGUUUCUUUCAACCGGUGAAAAUGUGGACAGUUUGUACGCGUUGUUCAGUGAUCUUCUGAAUAGAAAGCUGAAGGAAUUGAAUACAACCAGGGAUGAGGUGUCAAAAGAGACAGGAGAUGAUAUUCAGGAUGAUUAUAUGCGUGAAAUUACAACCGCCAGCAAUGCGGGAUCAAAUACCAAUAUUCGACAAUCAUUGACGAGUGAAACAUUACAAGUAAACGAUCCGUACAGAAGAGGAGGUAGACGGCAAAGUACCGGAGGAAUGCGAGAAAAUAAAAGGAAUAGCUUUCAAUGGACGGAUAAUCACAAUGUAUGA